AAUGCACUUAAAGUUGGUUGCCAACCGCUAUAUAAAAUCCACAGAACAAGAAGUUACUUUAUUUUCAACCAAGCGGUCACGACGCAUGCAGAGGGAAGAACUAAACCACAUUUCACUUUCACAGCCUUUGGAAAUAAAGAUCAGAAGUAGGCUAGCGCAUAUGCCUAAACUAACGCUCAUCAGAUUGUGUUUCUGGCUUUGUCUGGCGCGAACGGUGGUCUCCCGAGGUGAUCCUUAUCAUGAAGUGGGAGGUGUGCUCGUGUUGAAGCCAGACAAGUCCACAGUGACUGACCCCAUCACAAGCAUCGUAUGGAAGCAUGGGAAGAACAAGGUGGCAGAGUGGGACAAGGAUUUUGGUGGUCUGGACAUCUAUGCUGCCUUCAAAAACCGUACAACCCUGGACCAGACUACUGGAGAGCUGAGAAUCAGUGGAUUGAUGAAAACAGACAGUGGAGUUUAUUCUGUGGAGUUUAACAGCAAACUGCUUGACAAGACAUAUAAACUAUCUGUUAUCAAGCCAGUCCCCAAACCCACAAUCACUUCUUCCUGUAACCCAGACAAAACCUCCUGCACUCUGACCUGUGAGGGCAACACCCCUGAUGCUGAACCAGUCACCUACAGCUGGAAAGUUGGAGAGAGAGCGUGGGAGGUCUUAGACAAACAGAUUAAUGUCAAUAAGAGCGACACUGGCAAAUCAACUAAUGGUAACAAGUACAUCUGCAACCUGAAGAAUGCUGUUAGUGAGGAAGUCAGUGAGCCAGUUGGAGAGGUGUUUGUUUCAAAGCCAGUCCCUAAACCCACAAUCACUUAUACCUGCAACUCCAACAAAACCUCCUGCAUUCUAACCUGUGAAGGUGACACCACUGGUGCUGAACCAGUCACGUACAGCUGGAAAGUGGGAGAGGGGGCCUGGGAGGUCAUAGGAAAACAGCUGAUUGUCUCUAAGAGUGACACUGGCAAAUCAACCAACAGUUACAAGUACUUCUGCAAGAUGAAGAACUCUGCUGGAGAAGGGGAAGUCAGUGAGCCAGUUGGAGAGGUGUUUGGUCCAGAGCCUUCCAAUACCGGUGCUGUUGUUGUUGGUGUUGUCGUUACCAUUGUAGUGCUUGUUGUCAUCGUCAUAAUAGUUUGGUUGGUGUUGAAGAAAAUAAAAGGAUAUCCCCAAGACACCUGGAUUUACUUUUUGAGAAAGUAUUGUGGUGGAAUGUUUGCUGGUGGUCUUCCUGGUGGGGUAACUGAGGACCAGAAACAUGGGGUUUGAAGGCUCUCAGUACAUGCCUUCAUAUGUUAUACUGAGACAAACAACCAAGAGAGAAACAUGUUUGAACCGUUGGAGAUGUUUUUAAUGAAAUGUAAAAUGAAGAGAAACGACAAGCAAAUAUUGCACAAAGUAACAUGCAUUCAAUCAGAUGAAGUACAUUGAGCUACAAAGUAUUGGCACAGAGACAUCUUUAACCCGAUAUGGAUGAGAAUACCCUCAAAUUAAAACUGGCAGUAUGCACUUUAACCUCAGUCAUUGUAUCAUUUCAAGUACAAAGCCAAAACAACCAAAAAAUGUGUCACUGUCCCAAAACUUUUGGAGCUCACUGUAUAAUGUUUGAAUUUUCUGUACUUCAGAAAUAUGAGGGCAAUAUUUGUAUCUCAGAACAUUUGAUGGACAAAAACAAGAGAUGGUCUUAUACUUUGAGGUAAAUAGCUUUGAAUUCUUACCCUUUCUCAGUAUUCAUGUCUCAUCUUUACAAAUCUCAAUCAAUUUGUGGAUGUUUUUUUUGAUUGAAGCCAUAGUAUCAAUCACUUUGUGGUUGUAUGAUUCCUUUUCAGGUAUUUUCCCCAGAGUGCUUUAUGCCAACCCACUGCACUUUUUGCUUUUAAUCGUAGAUUGUGAAUCUCUUAUAUAAUUGAAUAAUUUGGCAAAGUCUAGGUGUAGGGGAAAAGUCUAGGUGUAGGGGAAAAGUCUAGGUGUAGGGAAAAAGUCUAGGUGUAGGGGAAAAGUCUAGGUGUAGGGAGAGACUGUUGGUUGAUAGGAACCAGGCCUGAGAGGUAGCGCUCAUCCUCAUCUGCCUUGUAAAGAGAGAGCUCUGCAGUACUGAGAUGUUUUAUUACUAAGAGAGAGCUCUGCAGUACUGAGAUGUUUUAUUACUUAGAGAGAGCUCUGCAGUACUGAGAUGUUUUAUUACUUAGAGAGAGCUCUGCAGUACUGAGAUGUUUUAUUACUUAGAGAGAGCUCUGCAGUACUGAGAUGUUUUAUUACUUAGAGAGAGCUCUGCAGUACUGAGAUGUUUUAUUACUUAGAGAGAGCUCUGCAGUACUGAGAAAAGAACGCUUUACUUGUAUAAUCAUUAUAUGUAUCGCUGUUUAAACUCCAGACCUCCACAUUGUAUUGAUUUGUUGUUGACUGAAUGCUUGUGUUGUACAUUCAUCUGAACACCAAUUCUGUUUCAGCACUUUGUCUUAAGAAUGUAUUUUUUCCAAACUUGAUUGGUGAAAGCAAUACAGAGGAAGGUCCAUAUAGGGCUGGGCUGGGCUGAACCAUCACCAACAUACAUAUCCCUAUCUGAACCCUUUCAGAUCUGUGAAAACUGACUUGGGGAAUGGGACUAGUUAACACUAGACUUAGAGAUCAGUCUCGUUGCAUGUACUGGAUGACUUCUCAGCCAUGUUCACUAAACAGAUCACACCACAGGACUGAUGAUUCCGAAAUCAAGUGUCAACUCUUUCCUUCUGAGACAUGCAGCUGUGCAAAACAAAUGCACUUCAAAGGACAAUGUGACAUCUAUCUGCAAUGACUGAAUCCCAGCCUGUAUAUACUGCCAAUCCUUUGUGAGUUUGAUAUUUAUAUUUUUUUCAAUAAAGGACUUUUCUAUA